ACCCUCACUGUAAAGAAGAAGUCCAAGGGAAAGCCAAACGGUAAAAAGCCAGCACCGGAAGAGAAGAAACUUUACCUAGAGCCAGAAUACACAAAAUCCAGAAUUACUGACUUUGAAUUUAAGGAGCUAGUGAUGUUACCACGAGAAAUAGACCUCAACGAGUGGCUAGCCAGCAACACAACAACUUUCUUUCAUCACAUCAACUUACAGUAUAGCACAAUCUCAGAGUUCUGUACAGGAGAGUCAUGUCAGACCAUGGCGGUGUGCAAUACACAGUACUACUGGUAUGAUGAACGGGGAAAGAAGAUCAAGUGCACUGCUCCUCAGUACGUGGACUUUGUCAUGAGCUCAGUGCAGAAACUAGUGACAGAUGAGGACGUCUUUCCCACAAAAUAUGGCAAAGAAUUCCCCAACUCGUUUGAGUCCCUAGUGAAGAAGAUCUGCAAGUACCUGUUCCAUGUGCUGGCCCAUAUCUACUCCUCACACUUUAAGGAGACUUUGGCACUGGAGCUGCACGGACAUUUAAACACACUCUACACACACUUUAUCCUAUUCAUCAGGGAGUUCAACCUCGUGGACCCUAAAGAGACCACCAUCAUGGACGACCUCACAGAGGUCCUCUGCAGCAGCAGCAGCAGCGGGAGCAGCAGUAACGGGAGCAGCAACAGCGCAGGAGCACAGAACCACGUGAAAGAGAGAUGAGUCUUCCUCCAGGAUCAAAACUAACAUUAAAAACAAUAUUAUCUAUUCUGUGUGUAUGUAUAUGUUCAGAUAUACAUACAGACAUAUACAGC